GACUGGGAUGGGUCACACAGAGAAGCCAAAUAUUUUAGGAUGAGUUUAUUUUCUCAUCAUGGAGGAUGGCACUUGUAACUUCCUUAUGAAACGGUCUACAACUUUAACUGAUUGCCAACACUGGCUUGUUGAACAAAGAAUGAACAUAUUCUGCUAGGUCAGAAUACAUUUACUCAGAAGUGGAAACCAAAAUAGGACAUUGAAUUACCAGUAAUUUACCUGCUGUUUGUAGAUACUAUCAAACUGUUUAUGCAAUAUCAUCAUUUUAACUAUGUAGUCAUGUAUCAACUAGUUUGUCCAGUUAUUCCACAUUUUAUCAAACUGCUAAAAAUAUAUAACCAAGCCAAGGCUUUGCCAGUCAUGCAAUAAUAGCAAACUGUUGAAUGAUGUUAAAUAUGUAGCCACCUGCAGUAAAAUUAUGUAUUCUUCACACUAGUUUAUCAUGCUAGGAAGUUUAUAGUCUCAUAUCUAGUUUCAAUAUGAGAACUUCUGUUUUAUUUGAGUCAUCUUGGUGCCUUUUAGAAGUCUUAGGCCAAUUCACCUUGCCAUGAUGAUAUCAUCUAUUUCUUCCAUGUUUCUUCUACAGGAAUCUAUUUAUUAAGACCUAACUCCCCUGAAUGAUUCACUGAUAAUAUUCCACAAUGAUAUUCAGGAACGUCAUCCAGUAACUCCUUACUAAUAGAAUACUCAAGUAUAUAGAUCAAUUGCACAACUUUUUAGGAGGAAAUGCCAACUCACCCAUUGUUGCCAUAUGUGGAAAGUCCAGAUGGACUUGGACAAGACAGUCUAAACAUUAGUAGUGGUGCUAGCAUGCCAGGGGCUGGCUCCAGCAUGACCCCUCACAGUAACAUCACUGACAAGGCUGAGCCUCAGCCUGAGGAAAGCCUGCUGGAAGCCCUUGACUGCAUGUUUUGUGACCAGACCUUCACACACCAAGAUGACCUGGGCCCACACGUCCUGACCCAGCACCCCACAACACUGUUCGAACCAGCCGUUUUGCGUGUGGAGGCCGAGUACUUGAUCCCAGGUGAGAGGGCCAGGUCCAAACCCAGUUUGCCAUCUGUAAAGGAGGUGGAGGUGUUUAGCUGCGUUGUGUGUGAUCGGGCCACAGAGGACGCCAACGAGCUGGAGAGCCACAUGCGGACACACAAGGACUGUUUCACUUUUCACUGUAACCUUUGUGGCCGGCGGUUCAAGGAACCCUGGUUUCUCAGGAACCAUAUCAGGUUCCAUAAGACAAAGGCCCAGCAGAACCUGGACGGUCCAAUUAUUAUCAAUGAAGUCAUCCAAGACCAAGUCCCAGAGGCUGUAAUCACGCCUUACAAAAUGUGCUUUACCUGUGGAUUCUUUUUCCCCGAUAAAGACAGUUUGGUGGAACACAGUAAAGUACAUCGUAAAGAAUCAGAGGCUGAUGAAGACAGAGAAAAUGAUGGACUGGAAUAUCCCCUCAGUCAAGAAGGUUUUUUACAGGGCCUCAACCUUCGCCCCCUAUCUGAGAAAAGUAGUAUGACACCAGAGAGAUCCUCCAGAUGGAUUGCUCAACUAGACCCGUACAACACUUACCAGGCCUGGCAACUUGCCACGAAGGGAAAGGUAGCAGUUGGUCCAAGUGUGGCUAAAGACAUAGGCCUAAGCCAAGACAACAGCUCUGACAAUGAGGACUCUGGCUCAGAUAAAGAAGAACUGACAAAUAUCUGGUCAGAAGGCCAAGGAGGCGACAACAAGCGUGUUAAAGAAAACUUCAGUAGAGAUCUGAAAUCCAGACAGACUACAGAAGAGAUUCAAUCACCAGAGCCUGAUCAGAAGUCAAGUCGAAAUGAUAAGCCGACGCACUGUGAGGACUGUGGGAGGACGUUCAGGACGUACCACCAGCUUGUUCUCCACUCCAGGGUGCACAAGAGGGAGAGGGGCGAGGGGGAGAGCCCCACCACCUCCAUUGAUGGCAAGCUCUCCAGAGCAGGGUCCCCCAGAGAGGAGGGGUCUGAAGACGGGUCGGAGGUGGGAGCACAGGGAUAUGCCUUCUAUUCAGGUAUGCAUCAACUUAAUGUUAAGCAAAGGUGGAUUUAUUUAAAUGUCGAUUUGUUUACAAUGGCUUCCUCUGCUGUUCAUUUGCAGACUGUGCAAAUGCACUUGCUUCACACAAGUUUUUGUAAGUAGGCUAUUUGAUUUCUUCACAUGACUAAUCUCCUGUUUUUGCUUCCUCUACAGAUAAAAGUGAAGAUGGCUUUGAUCGAAUGAAGGUGAAACAUCUUGCGUCCUCCAGGGAAUGUAGUUACUGUGGCAAGACAUUCCGUUCCAGCUAUUACCUCAACAUUCACCUCAGGACGCAUACAGGUAAACCUUAUGUAAUACUGGGAAGCCUGAUUAUGAUUAAGAAAUAGGCUGCACAAUUGGGAAAUGCGAGUUGAGAUGAAUAGCCUAUAUUUGUCUUUAAGGUUUAACAUGAAGUUGGAUUGGCUUACUUGUGCUGUAUGUAAUGAUUUCAGCAUUUGAUCAAUCUGAAGACUAUUUGCUGUUUGGUCCAUAUUAUGCUUAUGUAAUUACAUGUUUGUCUUUUCAGGUGAAAAACCAUACAAAUGUAUAUACUGUGACUAUGCUGCAGCCCAGAAAACCUCACUGAGAUAUCACUUGGAUAGACGUCACAAGGACAAACCUUACACUGACAUCCCUAAUAAGCCUGUGGUAUCCGUGCCAACUCCCAUUUUGAAAGAAUUCCCCAGAAACAGACAAGACAAACAGGUCCCCAACAGGUCCAAACUAUGGCAGACUCCCAAUGUCAGACUAGCAACCAAACCUCGUGCCAAUGUAAAACCAGAGGAUAGAUUUAAUAGCAUUGGUGGCAAGCUUGCCAGCCCACUUGCUCAAGUGAAUGCUGAGAAUGGGAAAUUGAUUACUACGGAUGCUAACUCCUCUUUUGCUGAUGAAGCACACAUAAAACGCCCUGUACCUGUUAACCUGAAGAUGGAAGGAAAGGAGAUAGACAAGGGCAUUGAGGCUCCAUUAAAUUUGUCCUUAAAAGUGUCAUUCUCCAUCUCCGCCACCCUAAUACCAAGGAACGCAUUGUUUUCAAAUGUCUGUUCGUCCUGUGCCUUUAGCACUCUGUACCCAGAGGUCCUGCUCAUGCACAAGAAGCUGGUUCACAAGGAGAAGUCGGACACAACCAAGAAGAACAGAAGUCUUAAACAGAAGCGUUACACUGGCUGCCCCCCUGCCCUAGAGGGAAAAGAUGUCCCCCCGCUGCCUCCUAUUGACAGAAGACACCCUCGGCGGACCAAAUCCCCAACCCCCCAGCCUCCUGGAAAAUCUGCAGGGAAGACCCACCCUACCGACUCUCCUCAUGGGCCUAAACGGUCCCAGACCAGCGAACCACCACAGAGGGAGAUGGCCCUGGACACUCAGCGGUACAGGAUGAUGAUGGAGCAUCGCACCAGUCAGGGCCAGUCCAGGUUUACAGAUCCAGCUGAACAAUCCAACACCAGCGGUAGAAAAGAUAACUGGUCUGUAGUGGACAGACCGAGGCAGAGCCCCUCGGACAGCAGAGGGCUGAGCGGACAGAGCGUAAGCAGCGGCCCAGGCAGAAACUGGAAUGGCGUGGUAUGGCCCUCCAACACUGCUAAACUGUGCCUCUCCAGCCGGUUCGGUAGUCUGCCCCCGAUGGACUUCGGUGGUGAACCCACCAGCAAGAGACCGAGGUACUCAGUGCUUCCCGGAAGGGAAACGGACACUGUUGAGACGUCUAGCUUUAGGACCGAGUACAACAGACUGCUGAACUCCGGGAGACCCCAAGUGAAAAACUCCUUGUCGUCACAAGGAACCGCUCUCUCUAACAGCAGGCCUCAGGCCUAUGCCCCGGGCAAAGCGUCCAACCCUCCAGCCUCUGCAACCAGCAGCAGUAUGGAGACGGACUGGAAUAUGAUCAACAUCCUCCGCUCCUACACCCCCAGUGACCUGGCCUCCCUCUACCACCCCACCGUGGCUAACCCCAGUCAUGGAGCGCUGACCAACCCAAGAGGUAUGAGCUAAAAUAUUUAUAUUUUCUAUAAAUGUGAAAUUCAUUCAUACCAUUUUCAUGUUAGUGUAGUUGCAAAUGUCAUGGGGUUCCAUCUUAGAGUUGAAAAGCUAUAUCAAAUAUUGUCACUAUUACGAUUUAUAUCAAACAUUACUUUGGGGCUACUCCUAAGAUUGUCCUUCUCCUUUUCCUAGGGAGUAGGCAAUCACUCUACCCAGCUAGUAUGCUACAGAGGAGAGCCUAUUCCAGCCCCAUCAGUAGUGAACACAGUGGGCCCUCUGACAAAAGUACUUAGCUGUUCUAAUGGUAGGCUAUUAUUUUGGUUGACUUCACCGGCCACGUAAGUAACUAUGCCUGUCUUUAAGUUUUGUGUUCGGAUAAUAUAAUAUAUUUUAUCGCCUUCCAUAGGUUUGAAGUACGCUGAGAACUUCAUGCUGCCACCAUCUUCUUUUGAGAGCUUAGCUGGAGGAAAGGCUUAACCCAUAGAUGACCCACCCCAACUGUGAUCUGUAGAUACACAUCGAUCCAAUACCAACCGAGUUUACAGUUUGUAUGUAUUGAAGAAUGACUGUUUGAAUAUCAUAUUGGUAUUGGUUGCACUAGAUAAAACAUUUAUUUUAAGUGUUCGGAGGAUAAAUUACCUUUUUGUUUGUUAAUAUGCUGCUCUGUCUGAUUGUAUAAGUCAGCAAUCAAAGGGCUAUGUAUUUGUCAAAGCACUGAUGUUGGGUAGGGUUUUAUCUGACAUACAGCUUGACGUCUUGGUUUACAAAACAAGCUAUAGUAACAAUCUGUAUGUUGAUGUAUGUUACCUCAAAGUCAGUUUAGGGACUGUUGACGCUCAAGUAGUCAGUUAUUUUUGUGACGAUAUGAUGCUGCUGUAGCUAUCAUUUCUACUAUUGAGCCAAUGCAUUUUGGAGAGUUGAGAGUAAAAUAUCUGAUGUGCCUCUCAGUAGUAGUUUCCCUGGAUAAACAUUAUGAUCAGAGCCUGAAGCCAGGGAUUCCUGCUACCAGAUAUUCUGUUAAAUGUAUGUAGAAAAGGCUGCUGGUUCUGUUCCGUCUAUAGAUUCCUCAAAACCCACUAUUCUUAAACAGUGGUAAAACAUGGACCAAAUAUCAACAGAAUUCCUGAGGGAUUCUACUUUUUGUGUAGUAUGCUCAUGCUAUGCAGGAUCUUGAGAUUGUUAUUGAGUCUUUUGCAUCAGGUUUUGUUAACUUGGCUGCCUGCUUUGUAGCUGGUUUCUCUGAAGCUCUGUUUUACUACGUCUUGAUACUGUAUGUAAGUCAGGGAGAGUGGAAGGCUCACUGAAGGAAUAGCUCAAAACAUUGUACACUCUGAAGAAAAAACAGUCUCAGGUUUCAGACCUCAAUUUGAUUUGGGCUCUGAUACGCUUCAACUUCAUUUUUGCAUUAACUAUUACAAAUUAAUGCACAUUAUGUAGAAAGCGUUCUGAUAUUUUCAAGCAAUGUGGAUACAUCAGACUUCUGUUAUUUCAUAUUUUUGCUGGUAUAAAUUUUUGGGUGUUUUAUUUAUUUCUGUUAAUUUGUUUUUGUUUUCUACAUGUAAAAAGUUAAAUAUCGUUUAACGUUUGUACGACCAUUACAAUAUAAUAGUCAAUUACAUUUGGGGCAUAGACGAGUAGUGUUAUAAUCGUUUUUUGUUUACUUUGAAAAUGUCUACAGGUAGGUUUUCAAGUCUUACUAAAGGCCUACCACCUUCCUGUUUAUGUAACCUUUGAAACAACUUGUCAAUCUAAAAUAGUUUUCAAGUCUGAUUUUGUUUUCAUCUCUGAUCACUGGAAAUAGACAAGGUGCUGAAAUGUACUGAUUUCCCCUGUCCUGCUGUCAUUAUUAGCAUGGUGUUAAGUUAUGUUAUUAACAUUUAAAUUUGGUUUAGGUAUUCGGUAAUUCUUGUGACCGAUUCUGGACUUGACCUGUUUGGUUGAAGUUACUCAUGCAACGAUGCUAUGUCUGCCUAUACAGAUGCUAUGUCUGCCUAUACAGUACUUGAUAUGAUUUCCACGUUUGGCGUACGGAAGCCUAAUAAAUUGUGGCCAUGUCAAUACAUGCAUUUUUUUGUUUUUCAGUUUGUACUUUUCAAUGUUGUGAUCUCAUUUGUUUUCGUGGUCUUUUGACUUAGAUCAAAGGCAAUUGUUGCAGUUGUUGUAAACGAGAGUAGAGGGACCCAAUUCACACUCAGACCUUCGGUCUUUGCAGAAAUGAAACAUUUUGGUAAAAUGUCACAUUUAUUUACAAAUCAUUUGACAUUUUUGAAAAUGUAUUCCAUUUUUGUAAUUGUUUCAAUGAGAAUAGUGUAUUUGUUUAAUCUUUGCACAAUAAAGAAAUUGUGUAAAGUAUUUACCAUAUUUUCAGUUACAUCUUAGUCCACAAGCCUGUACUUUGGUUCAUUCAAUGUAUGGAAAAUGUAUUAACUGUAGGUGAACACCAGAGGGCAGUGUAUACAAACUUAAAGAGUCUAGCAACACACAGGCAGGUGGUGGUUCUGUGGCGACACAUUCUGGUAGACUGGUGCAGGAAUGCUUAGCUGCAGAUCUUUGAUUUGUCUCUGUGUUGUCAGGUUUAUAUUGUUGAUAAUGAUAAUAGCAUUUGAUGUUGAUGCAGGGUGGCAUUUUGUAAUAAAAGGGACAUGAAGGACAC